AUGAAGUAUAUUGUUGCGCGACUGUAUAAAACAGCUCCACAUGUCAAGAGAUACAUCAGUUUCUCGACUGCUAAGCAAGACUACAUACGAACAGUUUACGAACAGUUUACGAACAGUUUACGAAUAGUUUACGAAGCCAUGGCAUAUAUUUGGAAUAGGUCUAUAUCGCUUUUGUUGUGCUUGGUUGUCAUGCUGCCAAGCUUCCCUUGUCAAAGUCAAAGAGCGAUUAGGCCUUUCUGGAGAUAUAGAAAACCAACGAUACAACCGGAACCGACAUUACCGCCAAUUGAAAAGAAUCCCGAGUUUUAUAAGAGUAAGUUAAACCUUGGAGGAAUGUAAUAGUGUGUCACUUAAAUAAGUAAAAAAAAAAAGUAAAGUAAUAAUUAGGAGGUGGAAUGUUGUAGCUGAAUGCUAAAUGUAACAAAGCAAGAAAUACUUGCAAGUAAGCAGCUCAAGGCAUAUAUCGUAUCAAGGCAUAAUAUUUUAAGGGCAUGCACCGCUGCCAGCAUAUGUACUGUAUAUACUACUCAAGCCUGGUUCACAUAUAUACCUGCAGCAUGUCGGCGGGCUAUUGUCGUUAGCAGUUCAACCGAAUAAUUCACGAAAGAAUGUAUAUGAUCAACAGCUGUAAACAAUGAUAGCGCAGGCAUACCGCCAGGCAUAUGUGAACCAGCUUCAUACAUGAUUUAUUACAGUGAAAAGUUAAGUAAGUUCGUAAGUAGAGGCGAGCAAGUAUAUAAGUAGAGGCAAGCUUAUAGAGCUACGCCGAAUUGCGAAGGUCGCGCCGGAGGCUUAAAUUUCUAAGGGCGCGUCCGGCAACCAGCCAACUUUAUGACUCAUGGGUCAAUUUAGGGCUUAUUUUCUCCCAGCACACACCACUGUCAACAUUUCCCGUGGGAGGAAACCGGAGUAUCCGAAGAAGACCCGCGACUUUCGAUAGAGCGUUGACUGACUCUUUUUCAUAUAAGUGUCAUGAGUCCGCAGUGUGAAUCAAACCCUCAGUGGUGAAAGGCUCUUGCUCUGACGCCAUCGAAACCUCCACAUGCUAAGCUAGAAGAGUUAGUUUAGUUUGAAAGAAAAAAAGCAGGAAAUGAAACUGGAGAACCCGAAGAAAAUCCGCGAAGGUCCGUAUUCUAAGAUCUUUAAAUUUACUUACUUGUAUUUAAAUUUGCGUGAUACUAAUUUUCUAUGGAGGGUGAUUACCGCCAUAAUCAUAUGAAUAGAGGACAAAAUUACUCAAAUAUGAUUGGCUAAUGAUGAGGGCAUUUUUUCUUAAUUCAGGGCAAAAUUACUUGUACCUGAUUGUCUCAGACGCAAGCGCGGGAAGUUUCUUGUUUUAAAUAGCAAUAAAAACAAUGGCUUCUUGUUUUUUCAUUGAAUAAAAACAAUGGCUUCUCGCUUUGUUAUUGAACAAUUAAAAACUUCUAGUAAAAACUCGAAUACCAGAAAAAGUACAAUUUUAAGGGUUGGAGUAUUUAAGAAAUGGGCAGCAUUAAAUUAAGGAACAUCGAUAUCGGCGAACACAUGGAGACAUACGAGGUUUAAGAACUUGACAAGUUCACAAUUAACUUACGACUAAAUUUUGCCCUCUAUGAUUCGCGACUCGGGCAAUUUGUGAAACUUUGAAAACACGCGUGAAAUUAAACCUUAAUUUUACUCGGCCCCGUGCGAUUACCUAUACAAAUUAAUAUUUGAAUUUCGCAUUCCAAGUUCUAGAUUAUGUUCAAUCCUUACUCUAUGUUUCGUGCUUUAUGAUGUCAAUGAAUUGAAUUUUGAUAUUAAAGAAUUGAAUUUUGAUGUUCGCAAUUGUAUUUGCACUUAUGUUUGGGUAUUCUGUCCUUAAGCAUUCCAUUGUGAUGACGUCACAUUAUGCGCGACUCUCAGAACACAAUCUUCAAAUAAUCAAUUUAAGCGAUUAAGCUAUAAAUUGCGGUUAAUGGAGUAAUAUGUUCUAGAAGACUCUAUUUGCCCGAUGGUGUUUUCAGUCUGCCAACGCAUCUGCGUCACAACAAUUAAUCCGUACAAGGUCCAAGUACCUCGGUAGAACAAGGGAACCGUUUUCUAGUCGUGUUAAUAUUACAAAAUAUCAGAUAUAAAUAUCGAACUUUGGCUACUAAGCAUGUGAACAACUGAUGCAAACUUGGGAUUAACCAAUCAGAAAUUAUCCUGAAGGUUUUUCCUUCACGUGCAUACGUACAAUGGCCCCCCUUUUUGCGCAAGGACUUUUAAUCGCAGGUUUCGACGUGCACUGCUCAUUCGCAAGACUUUAGCCAGUGCGUUAACAUCUCUGGCAAAAUUUUUGGCUAAUAAUUUAAGGGACCAAACCUUGGCAAAGAAAUGGAAAUUUAAAAAACCCAUCCCACCUCCCAAUAAUCAUGUACACCAAUCUGCGUCUCUACAAUAUGGCGUGUUGUAAAGACUGUUAAUUAGAAAAAUGAAUAUUCCUGUAUAUAGCUAAGCAUGUUACUCAUAGAUUUGUAACCCACUUAUGUGAAGAAAUGCAAUAAAUAAUUAUAUACUGGCAGGGAAGUGCUGUCUGAUGGACAACACUUCACCACGUGAAGCGCAAUCACUGCUCAUUUAGGUCGCACUGAAGUCCUGAAUGAGCAGACCUAGAGACUCGAUGUGGUCAGUCAGGUUAUCAGUUGCGGCCCGGGGUAAUCCGCCCUAUACCAAUAGUUGUUCACCAGUCCAACUAUGUCUCAAUGUCAACGACUUGACGGAUCUGAACGGGGGUUCGCAUUCUAAAUGCGAUAUUUUUUGCGCACUUUAAAUUGUUCGCAAAUUGGAACGGUAAAAAGCUAGAAAAUCGUUAAAAUGACAUUUCGACACCUUUAAAAUUUUCUUGAAAGUUUUUGUUAAAAUUUCCAAGCCGUGCACCUGAAUGAAUCGAAAAAUUCCACGUGAAGAUAAGCAGGGCAGUUUCUUUUAGCAGCAGUAACAAUGAAUACGCAUGCUAUUUUGAACUUGCUUGUCUAUUUUCCAGUAUUUUGUGUUUCAGUGGUAAACACUAACACGCGGAUUAAAUUUCGUGCAUGCUAAAACAGUAAAGGUUUACUGCAGAUUUACAGAUUUUUCGCUGAGUUUUAAUCUCGUGCACUUCUUACGGUCCCGUUACGAUCUGCGCAAAUUUUAAUAUUCACAUGAAUUUAAAUACAUAUAUAGUAUGCUUUUUAACCUCUUGCAUACUCUGAUCACUCCGAAGACGAGCGUUCCUUGCUUUUAACCAAGCUGUCUAUAUAUCUAUUAUCUAUUUAGAAUUGCAAAAAAUCCCUCCCAAAAAUGUAACGGCUAAACUGGUGAUAACAAAUAUCCUGCGCGUACUUCCACGCGGCAAAAGAGGCGUGAAGUUAGAAGAUGUAGUAGUCGUUAUGGAUGGAUCCGGUUCGAUUGGCUCGUGUGAAUUUAAUAAUGGAAAGAAAGCUAUGAAAAGUUUAAUGCAAUACGAACAACCGGCAAUUAACGCUAAGUAUGCUAUGGUUACAUUCGCCAAUGGCGCGAGGAGGGAGUUCAAUUUCUUGCCGCAGUUAGAUGCAGCAGCUAAAAUUAGUGGUGUCAAGUAUCCUAGUGGAGGGACAAACACUCAAGCUGGACUUGCUGAAGCAUUAGAUCUGUUUAAAAAGGGUAAGAAUUGCAGUGCUUAUUGA